CAUGGACCUGGAGGAGCCGGCCAAGGUGGACCAGCUGCAGGAGCCGCUGCUGGAGGCGCUGAAGAUCUACGCCCGCCGGCGCCGCCCCAACAAGCCUCACAUGUUCCCCCGCAUGCUGAUGAAGGUCACCGACCUCCGGGGCAUCAGCACCAAGGGUGCUGAGCGGGCCAUCACCCUGAAGAUGGAGAUCCCCGGCCCGAUGCCGCCUCUGAUCCGGGAGAUGCUGGAGAACCCGGAGGCCUUCGAGGACAGCAGCAGUGAGUCCGGCGACAAGCCGGCCGCCAAGACCCCCGCGGACCCCCCCCCGAAGCCGUCGGCCACGCCCCCGGCCCCGCCCACGGUGUGA